CUAUGCAUAAGUGAAGUAAUCUAUAUAAUACGUAUCCCCGACCCGUAUGUCCAAUAAUGAGUAUAUUCAUUACUUCUGCAGUGUGUGACACGGAAUAAAAAAUAAAAAAAUUUCGUCGCUUUUGGAGCUUUCCCGGGUUAGAAUCGUCUAUCCAUUGAACCUGUAGGCCUAAAAUUAUAGGGGGCGCUACUGUGACGUCACACAGCGUGGAAGUCACCGUGUGUUUUUGAACAGGGACUACGCAUUUUGCGACGAAAGCGAAAAUGGGACUACAACAAUUUUAUUUGGCCAUAUUUGGUUUAAUUUUAAUGCAAGGACUAGCAUGGUCCGCUUACACUGUGAACGUAGCAUCUCAAUCCACGCUGGUGAAUCCCGGAGAUAAAUAUGUGGCGUACUGCAAUAUCCCCGGCCAGGGGGCCCUCGACAUUAUCAGUAACUUGAAGGUCAAGUGGUUCCACAAUGGUCAGCCCCUGACCAGUUUGUGUGAGUUUCUGUCAACUGAACUCGCUCAGAGGUAUUCCUGCAAAGUUUUGUCACCACAGCAGAAUAACAUCAGCUUGGAACUUUCAGUAUCAAAUGUUCAGAAAGCAGAUGCAGGCAACUUGACCUGUGAGGUGUAUGAGAAGAUCAAGGAGGGUGACCAGUGGGUCAAAGAUGAAUUGGUGGCCAGGAAGUCGGUGCCUAUACAAGUCAGAGAGCCCAUCAAAAGCAUGAUGUUCAGGUUUGACCCCAGCAAAAACGAAUAUCUCACCUUGGACAACAAUGAGGCCCUUCACCAAGUGGAGGUGUUACCGGGCAAGUACGCCCCCUCCUGUGAGGUGACGGGCAGUAUGCCCAAAGCCAAUGUCAUGAUCAUGAUGGGCGACAAGAUGAUGCAGGGGAGGAUCGUGGACAUGGAAAACAAGAUGGGCACGCAGUUUGUUGCUGAGGAGACAGAGUUCAGAGGCAACAGCCAAGUUAAUGUAAUGUGUAGUGCAGAAGUUGAUGGACUACCCAACUCAAAAAUGGAACGAACCUAUCAAGUUGUGGUCAGACAAAGAGAUCCUAAAUUCAAGUGUACCAAUACAUCUGCUAUUGUUAACAACAAACGACACAUGAUUACAUGUGAAGUGUACGAUCUUGAGGGUAUCUCGUGUAACAAAGUCUUGUGGCAGAAGGGGGACACUGGUGAAGAUUAUGAGCCCGGCAGCUAUAACAACAUCAAUGUAGCUUGUAGGGAAGUAGACAGUUCUAAGAUAGAGACGACGCUGGAGAUUCUGCAGGUGACGGCAGAACAUUUUAAGACACCAUUCCGUGUCAUCUACAACGACCCGCUGUCCCAGACAAAAGAGUACCAGCUUAGCAUUCCACAAGAAAAGCCUGACUCUGAGGAAAACAAACACAGCAACUCGGCAGUGGCCCUGCAGACAUCCCUCGUAUUCUUGUUUUCCAUUGUUCUCACUGUGAUGUUGUAACAAACACAGUCCUAGGACAAUUUAAAAAAAAAAGAAAACAACACAUAGUAAAUACGCAAAACAAAAAACAAAAACUGAAGAGGACAAAAUUCCACACUCACAAUCUUUUAUGUGCCUACAAAAAACUUCUAUUUUACAAACACACGCUCUUUGUAUCAUCUUUUGCGGAUGUGUCCGUACUCCACGCAAGUUUAGCAGCAGGAAAGGAAAAAGAACAAAAUCCAAUGAAUGAAACACUCUUCAAUGUACCUCAAUUUGCAGGGAAAUUUGAGACAGUGCAUUACUAUAUUUUUUUUUUGUGAUAAAUUCCUUGAUUCCUUAUUGCUAAGAUCUACAAAAUGAUUUUUGAGUCCCAUUGUAUAAUAUGUAUUUUUUUCUUCUCUCGCCUUAGAAGGAACUGAUUUGCUUAGCAAAUAACUUUGUCCAUAGAGUAGACAUAUGUGUAGCAACUUGUAUCAAAAGGUUAAUGGUAGAUGCUGAGGAUUGUUUGAUUAUCAUAUUGAAUUUGGUUAAAGGUAACUUACAAACGGCAGAAAUUGUAAAUAAAAAAUCUUUCUUCUCUAAAUGAAGCUCUCCAAGACUUGAUGGAAUUUAAGCAACUUUUAUAAUUAUAGGACAUUUUUGCUUGAGUUUUUUAUGGAUGGUUGUGUAGAAAUACGCUCUAUGUCUGAGAAUUCAUUAGAGCUAGUGUUUUAUUAUCAUAGUGUAUGCAAUUGCAAAUAUGAAAGAGAGGUUUUUAACGCAUCUGAAAUGUAUGUGUGCCAUUUUUUUUAAAAGAAUUUAUAUUUGUUGACUUACUAUUACGAUAUGUACAUGUUUGGUUGUGCUAUUUUCUCCCACAAUCUAUUAUUAAACUGGUGUGUCUUCUUCCUUUUAUUGCUUUACAAAGACCUGUAUUUCAAAUGAAUUGAUCUUUUUUCUCAAUUGUGUCUCUCAAAAAGAUUUAUUUUUUCUAGUUCUGUUUUUCAGAAACAUUUUUUUUAUUCAAGGGAAAAAUUGGAAAAGGUAAAAAUGUAUCAACAAUGAAAUGAUUAAUUUAAAUCUUUAAGCAGUUGUAUUUUUAUUUUUUUUUGUAUUUUGUCAAAAAAAAUUUCAAUAGACUCUUUUUUAUGAAACCUUUUUUUUUUUGCUUUCAUACAGAAAAGCUAGAUUUUAAUCAGUUGUAAUUCAUUGUCUUGUUUUGUAAUGAAAAAAGCAAUGUUUUUUUGACUGAUGAUAAGGAUAUUGGAUGUUUUUCAUAUGUACAAACUGCUUGUUUAAUUAGCCCUCAUACCAGGCUAUAGCCAUGAGAUAUGUGUAGCUUUCUGGUAAAAAUGUAAUAUGUACAUGUGCAUAAAUCCAUUGCUACAAUUACAUGUAUUUGUAUAAAAUCCUCUAUUCGUUUGUGAAUGUUAUUUAGGUAAGCAAUUAACAUUGAGAGUGUUUGUCUGUGUGCGCGUGGAUGGUGAUUAUGUCUGAGUCGCAUAUAUGCUUUUUUUAUUCAGCAACAUUCCAAUGUAACUAUCUUGAACUUUGUGUCUGGACAUUUUUAUUCAUUUUUCCUUCAAACAUCCACAGACAGUAGUGGUCUUUUCUACACGGGAUGAACUUUGGUUUUAUAUAAAUGCCAUUCAUUCUUGGCAUCAAAACAGAAGUAAGCUAAAAAUUUUAUUAAAAAAAAAAAAAAAAUAGUAGUGAAUUGAUGCGUAAGAUCUUAUGCAGUCAAAAUUUUGUUAAAAAAUUAAUUCAUUUUAUAUAUUGGCCAGUUAGCCUGAUUUGAAAAAUUUUCUUAGACAGAAGUGCUAAAUGUAAAUAUGUAUAUUUUUUUCAGAUUCUUAUUAUUAACUUUACCUGUGUUUAAUAUACUUUUCUUUUGUAAAGAUUUUUAUUUACCAAAGACAGGGUCUUUGCAUUUUUUUAAAUGAUAAAAUCAAUAAAUUUUCGCAUUACUAACUUCAAGUUGGAGGAUUUCUUUUAAUGACUGUUGAUGCAGUUUAAUUGCUUAUUCAAUUAGAUGAACUAGAAUGACUUUAUCUUUAGAUUGAAAAUGAGGGGAGAUUUAUAACGUUUAACAAAAACACUACCAUUGGGGUCAUAAGGUUACAUUUUCUAUAACAUUUUGUGAAAGAAAUAUCCAGUCUCCAAACUUUCAUUUGACAUCAUCAUCACCAAACUAUAUAAUGUAUGCACAUUUUUUUAGUUCUGUAUCAAAUACUUAUUAAUAAGUGAGUGUUAAAUUAUUACAGCUUUUGAAGGCAAUGUAUUAUUACGACUGUAUUAUCAGUAAAAGAAUAAUAAAUCCAUGGUUGUCUUUUAUAUAUAUAAUAGUAGAUGUUUUGAAAAAAAAAAUAAUGUAUUUAGUGUUGUCAAUUUGUAAAAUUCUUUUGAGUGUUUAUUUUUGAAAUAAGAAUUAUAAGUAGAUGUAUCUAAACGUAAUGAUGUAAUGUAAGCUAUAGCUCCCGUAUAAGUUUAGCCAAAUACAGUUCAGCAUUAUGGUUUUAUUCUUGUUAUUUCUGCUGUUGCCCAUUUCCUACGUCAGGAUUGUGUUUGUUUUAUCCAAGAUACACGUUUCUAUCAUUAUACUGUAAUAUCUAUUUUCUCAUUGAAUGUAAGGAAUCUAGUGAUGAUGUUUUAUCUGUUGUGGAAAGCGUAUUUGAGUUUAUAGUUAUAAAUUAAUGUUCAUUAUUAAACUUACGAUACAGUC